UUCAAUUCCAAGACGAUAUAGUUAUGGAAAUUCUCAGCAGGUUAUCCGUACGGUCUCUUCUACAGUUCAAAUGUGUUUCAAAAUCUUGGCUUGCAUUAAUCUCUGAUCCUUACUUUAAGAUGAAGCAUCUCACCAAGAAUAACCACAAACUUCUUGUAUGCCAGUCAUGGCUUGAAAGUGUUGAUAUGGAACCCACCAUCAAAUUUAGCUUCUAUUCUUCUCCUUUAUCGAAUGCACAAGAACUCAACUGUUUUUCAAAGUAUGUACAAGAACUCGAUUGCCAUUCAACCUUCAAACCACUUGAGUGCCAAUUAUUUUGUUGUUUCAAUGGGUUGGUUGUUCUCGGAUUUUAUAGUAAAUUUGAUCAACAACUUUUUCUAUGGAACCCUUCCACAAGAGAGUCGACACUUCUUCCCCAUUUCGAAUUUACACGUCUGUGUACUAUGUUCGGAUUGGGAUAUGACGUGACAAGUGAUGGGUACAAGCUCCUUAAGUGGACCAUGCUUAAAGGAGGACAGUCCAUUGAAAUUCUCUCGCUAAAAAGUGGUUCUUGGAGAAAGAUUUGUUACUAUCCAACUACCAUUGCCAUUUGCCCUAGGUGGGGACAGAAACUUACGAUUUAUCCUUAUCGAAAUGAAAAUUGGUAUAUGGAUACUAUGGUAUUUGUUCAUGGAGCAUUUCAUUGGCUUGGUAAGACAAUGUCAAGAACUUAUCAUUUGGUUUCAUUUAUUUUUUCAAAUGAGGUGUACGGAGAGAUACCUUUGCUAGAGCAAAUGCACAUAACUAAUGAAGAUGUGUUGUCUAAUUAUGGCCUUUUAUUAGUGGAAGGAAUGGUUUGCGUUUCUUCUACUCAUAAACAUCAAGGAUGGGGCACUUUUAAGUUGUGGGUAAUGAAAGACUAUGGUAUCAAAGAAUCUUGGAUUGUAUUGUUUACCAUACGACUCGGCAAUAUUGUAUAUGGCAAAUUGAAACAUAGAUUUGCAAAUGGUGAAGUGCUACUAUAUUUAUUUGAGACUUUAGCAAGUGCACCUUGGACCAACCGUAUGGUUACAUUUGGACAUACUGCACUUAGGACAUCCACAGGUCCAUUUGGAUUCUGGCCCAAAUAUUUUAGAGUUCAUGAUGGAAUUGCUUAUACAGAAGGUUUGAUCUCUCCGAAAUCACUUAUUUAAUAUUUUCUUAUGUAU